UCUAAACUGUCAGUGAGCAGCAUCAGUCAGUGGUCGUGCUGGUCAGUCAGUCAGUAGAGAAGACGACCAUUAGUCGCUGAUAGUUAUUUGGUUUAUUGAAUCUGACAGUGGACCAAAUUUUCGUCACGGUAGCACCAUCGCAUUGCCGUGAGCAUCCAAGCUGAAUCGCGCGGAAAAUUAUCGCCUUGCAUCUGCAGAAGCCGUGUUCUUGAUCGGCUUCCUUCUGGCUGUUCCAUCCGGCUCUCUCCAUCUUCGGCCUUGGCUGCAACUUGAGGGGAUCGGUUGAGAUACAAAGCCUUGUCGAUUGUAUCGCAGGCUAGAAUCGCUUACUGUCUGUUGUAGAUCCUUUCCUUUCUGGUCGUUAUCCCGACGUGAACUGCUUGGUAGUCUUCCCGAGGCGAAGAAGUGUUUUCGCCAUGGAUCCUCCAGCUGCAUCGCAAGGCACAACGAUCGGCUCGAAGCCUCAAGAGACCCGUAGAGUGUCCUUCUCCGAGCGCCAGCAGCAGCGACGGCGAGGCCUCAACUCACGAAGAUCUCUUAACGCGUCUGACAAUAACGAUGCGUCCGGCUCCCCGACAGCUCAAUCUGGAAAUGGUCCGAACGGAGGCAGUUUUGGCUUCAGAGGACAUCGCAUGAAACCGGAUAAAGUGACCUUUUCCGAGCGCCAGCGGCUAAGAAAAGCCGGCGAGCUCGAAGAGGAGGAUGCGAAGCCGAUCUUCGGCAACCGAAUGAAGACCAAGGUGACGUUUUCGGAGCGGCAACGGCAGAAGCUGCGGCGGAGAAAGACGCUGAACGAGCUGGAAACGCUAGAGUGCGUCGACGGCGAAUUCGGGUUCAGCUGGUCGGAAUACGCGUCGGAUUCGUCGUCAGAAGCGCCGACUCCGGCGGGUGGUUUGGAGAAGGUCGAAUUUGGGGAAGAGCUGAGGGAGGAAACGGGGGAAGCUGGCGAGGGGGUGGUGGCGGGAGCGGCGUGGAAGGGAAAUCGCGGGUUCAGAGUGCAGAUUCGCCUGGGUGGAGCGGCGAAGAAGCUCGUCAGUGGAGCCAUUGCUGGAGGAGUAUCACGAACAGUGGUGGCUCCGCUGGAGACGAUCCGCACGCACCUGAUGGUGGGGAGCUCGGGGCACCGCUCGAUCGGCGGCGUGUUCCGCUGGAUCAUGCAGAAAGAGGGCUGGCGCGGGCUGUUCCGCGGGAAUGCCAUCAAUGUGAUCCGCGUCGCUCCCGGCAAGGCAGUGGAGCUCUUCACAUACGACACUGUGAAGAAGCUGCUUACACCAGCGGACGGUGGCAAACCCAUCAUUCCCAUCCCGCCGUCCUCCAUUGCCGGGUCCGCUGCGGGCGUGGCGGCCUGCUGCCUCAUGUACCCGCUCGAGCUCGUCAAGACGCGGCUGACCAUUCAGCCUGGCGAGUACCGCAGCAUUCUGCAUGCCUUCUACCGCAUUGUCACAGAGGAGGGCGUGCACGAGCUCUACCGCGGGCUGGGGCCCAGCCUCAUAGGCAUUGUGCCGUACGCGGGGUCCAACUACUUUGCCUACGACACGCUGCGCACGCUGUACAAGCAGGUCACCAAGAAGGACAAGAUUGAGCCGCUCGCCACGCUCAUCAUUGGGUCGCUGGCUGGCGCUGCUGCUGCCUCUGCCACAUUCCCCCUGGAAGUGGCUCGGAAGCAGAUGCAAGUGGGGGCUUUGAAGGGCCGUGUGGUGUACAAGGGAACACUCGACUGUAUUCAGCGGAUUGUUCAGGAGCAGGGAAUUCAAGGGCUCUACAGGGGCCUUGUGCCAUCUUGCGUUAAGCUGAUGCCCGCUGCAGGCAUCUCCUUCAUGUGCUAUGAGGCGCUCAAGCAUGUCUUUGUUGAGGAUGAUAAGGUUACAGUAGCUAAACCGGCAGUUGCCUGACAAUGUUAGUGCAUUCUAAGUUGAUUCGGAUCACUGCUAUGCCCUUGGCACUUGAGUGAAGAUGU